UGGCCCUCAAUCUUCUCAGGAUUAGACAUAAUUGCAAACCGUACAACUUUAUCACAUAGGGACAUUGGUGGUGUGCCUUCCCUCUUUGAUCUUCUGAUCAGUUUGGGUAGUGGCCAUAAGGCUAAGUUAGUGUUAGCCAACAUAGGGGCGGAGCUGGAUUAUUACCCUAGGACAAUGACCUUUAUUUCAGGGAAGGUUCUACAACACUCUAUUGGUCCCUGGGGUGAAGGAGAAAGGCUUGUUAUUGCC